UCCUCCUUUUAUCAUCCAAAGAAAACACAUCGACAGACUGUGGCACACAGACGCCUCUACCUGCAGCCGGUGCGCACCGACAAUUACUGCACCAAGUUCACCAGUGCGUCACUUCACAGCGCGCAGAGAACCACCACCAUCCAGCAGAACCAAAAAGACUUGUUUGAAUUCACUCUAAGGGCAGCGGUGCUAUUCUUCUCCUUUAAUAUCACUUCAUUGUUUUAAAUUCACCCUUAAGAGUGGCGAGACUGCGAGUGUCCUCACUACCACCGCGCGCUGUUUCGCAGUCAGAGAGGACUUCACCGCUUGGAGUCACUUCUCCUUCCUUUUUGAAAGCAUGUAAUGUGCUGCGACAGAUAGAGCAGAACGACAAUGAAGAGGUUAACCACACCUUUGAAAGCGGACAUCUCUCCAGUAGCCUCUUGACCAACUUUGUUGCGCAUUAAGAUGCGCCCCACAGAAGAGGAGUUGGAUGAGGAACUUUUUGCGCUCUUGUUGACAGAUAAUUUCCAGUGAGCUUUUUUUUUUUUUUGCUGCUACCGUCAGAAAACAAGGACCUCCUAUGUAUUUAAGAAAUAAUCCAACUCGGUGUUGGCUGAGCUCGUCAGUACUUUAAACUUUUGCUGGGGGAAUCUCCUCGAGGAUUUGCUUGCGUUCACCAUGACGGUUCGUCUAUCACGGAUCCAACUGGCCCUGUUCUUUAUCUUGCUGUGUCCGGUCAAUAUCAUCGGACUGUGGUGGGCGGUGGGCAGUCCGCUGGUGAUGGACCCCAACAGCAUUUGUAGGAAGGCGAAGCGUCUGGCGGGGAAGCAGGCUGAGCUGUGUCAGACUCAGCCAGAGAUAGUCAGUGAGGUGGCCAAAGGAGCCAGACUGGGCGUCAGGGAGUGCCAGUACCAGUUCAGGUACCGCCGGUGGAACUGCACCAGCCACAACAAGUACUUUGGCAAAAUACUGCAGCAAGAUAUUCGGGAAACAGCGUUUGUUUAUGCCAUCACAGCAGCCGGAGUGACCCACGCCGUGACCCAGGCCUGCAGUAUGGGAGACCUCCUGCUGUGUGGCUGUGAAGCAACCAGGAACAGAGCACCUCCAAGGCCGUCUUCAUCCUCCACCUCCGGGGAUGGAGUCAAGUGGGAGUGGGGGGGCUGCGGAGAUGAUGUGGAGUUUGGUUAUGAAAAGUCGAAACAGUUUAUGGAUGCGAAGAGGAAAAGGGGCAAGAGUGACAUCAGGACGCUCAUUGACCUGCACAACAAUGAGGCUGGGCGGCUGGCGGUGAAGCUCUACAUGCGGACAGAAUGCAAGUGCCACGGCCUGUCGGGCUCGUGCACCUUGCGUACAUGCUGGAAAAAGAUGCCUCAUUUCCGCGAGGUGGGCGACCGUCUGCUGCAACGCUUCAACGGUGCUUCCAAGGUUAUGGGCGGCAAUGACGGCAAGACCCUGAUCCCCGUGGGCCAGAACAUAAAGCCACCGGAUAAGCAGGAUCUGAUCUAUUCUGACGAAUCGCCCGAUUUCUGCCUUGCAAAUCGGAAAACUGGUUCACUGGGGACACGGGGGCGCAUGUGCAACAGCACAGCCAUGGACAUCAGCGGAUGUGACCUGCUGUGCUGCGAGCGCGGCUACCGGGAGGAAACAGUGGUGUUAGAGGAGAACUGUCUUUGUCGGUUCCACUGGUGCUGCGUGGUCCAGUGCAAGAAAUGCUUGGUCCGAAAAGAGCUUAGUCUCUGUCACUGAUGAAUUGAGGAACUGAGGUUGACAGCAGUCAGUAUGACUUGGUUAAUUACUUCUCUUACCUGUUGAGGAUUUUUGCUUUAGUUUGGCUAGUGUGAAAGAAGGAUAACGUUCUGACUUGUAUGGUAAUCCUUUUGUUUCAGUUGUUGCACCACCCACAUUCAGAUAAUGCCCCAAAGAUGAUAAUUUCAGAUAUGUGAUCUCAGAUUGGUUUGGUGCUGGCCAAAGAUUUAAAAGGUGCAGAAAGUAACAGCAACCACAUGGAAACAAUAGCAAGGGGCACUCUUAGAAAUCAUAUUGAAAGAAUAGAGAAUAGAAAAAUGUUUCUUUCUGAACUACCUAUUUUUCUUUUUAAUAGUAAAAGGACCAAAGAAUGUGAUUAUUUGUUAUUUCCCAUCUCAAUGAAAGAGGAUGAGUGUCACUUCCACUACCAGUUCAACAGCAGAGCUUGAUGCUGACUGCCAUCCAAAACCAAAUAGUUUCAGACUUCACCUUGUGCUGAUACAACCCAUUUGAUUAUGGAAUUUCCAUAACUGACCAUUUGCUAAGCCCCAUCCCCUUUAAUUAUUUCAUGUUGCUACACCUUUCCAGCUUCCCAAUUUUCCAAUUCGUAGUGAUUUAUGAAACAGUCUGACUUUGAUUUUACAGGUAGACCAAUUGAAAUUGAAAGUGAAAUUACAGGAGACACUGUCAGUUUUUAUUAGUUAGCUAACUUGUUACGCUAAUGAGCUGGUUGGUCGUGCAGUUCCCUGACUGACUUGUUUUAAAACAGGAAUACUUAGCAUUUAGGUAAAUAAAUGCUCCUUGGCCUUGAACGUAUCUGCCUUAAGUUACUAUUGUAGGCAGAAACUAGUUGCAGCCACCAUUAGAACAAUCUAUUGUUUAUACUUUUACUCGUCUUCUAUGUUUCAUAAAGGCAGAAAGAAAAAACAGAAAAAAACACCCUACAAACUCUUUUUAUGCCAAACAUCACUGCUACUGCAAUCUUGGAACCUAUUGGUUAUUGGUCUUACAACAACUUCUGGGGUUCCAGCGUAGCCAGAAAAUAUCUGGACAUCAAUAUAACAGAUAUCCAUCAUCUAUAACCAGAUUGUUUCACAAAUAGCCAGUUUAGCUAAGUUAUCAUAGCUAAGAUAGGGUAAAUCGUCAUGACACAAUAGCUGAUUGGUUCUAAGAAAGCAUCUCGGCAAUGCGCUCUGCCUCUUUUGCUUCCCACAUGGACUUUUUAUCAGUUAACCAAAGCCUGCUCGAAUGUGAUUGGACAAUCCUACUAUAAACGGACAACAAAUAAGACCAGAUCACUUUCCAAACCACAAUAUGGUCCCAUUUCCUACAGCUGAUCAUAGACAUUACUCUUACUACAGCCCCAUGCACGUCACUUCAGCAUGUGGUGAAACCCUGAGCUUGUCAGACCUUCCAUGCUCUGUUGCGGUUAUUAAACUAUAAUUGGACUGUUUUUGUGGGAGGGGUUUAGUGAACGGUCAUUUGUACAAACCUUCAACACUCUUCAGGAUUCUUUAUAGUAUUAUCUGAUAUUUUAAGUAAAUCAGACACAUUACUUCUAUCUACAGUGUAGUGUAGAACCAUAGAAAGAUGAAGUAUCUCACUAUGAUGCAAUAUCCUUAAUUAUCGUUCAGAAUAAUGAUAGCUUCUUUACAUUUUACCCCACAUCUUUUAUUAUGUUGAUUUUAAUCUGUCUCCCAGUUACAGUAACUGUAGCCUAGCUUUUGAAUACCACACAUCAAAGACAAAAAGAUGUUGGUCUUAACAUUUCUUCUUCUGCUACUGUGUCUAAAAAAUACAAAAAAAGGGAAAUGGUAUCACAUUAUCAUAUUUGAAGAAUGCUGUCAACACCGUGUUUUGCAGGUGUGGACUUGGCCUGCCAGCAAAGACUGUUAUUUAUAUAAAGAUAUGAUGACAAGACUACUCACUUCCACCUCUCUCGGAAGCACUUUGGAUAUGAUGGCUGCCAUGGACUUCCUCAAUUGCUUGGCAGUAAAGCCUUUUGCAGUUGUCUGUUUCUAUUAAAAACAAAAGAAAGAAAAAACCUUUAUUCACAUGUCAUUGUUUGGUAUCAAGAAAAUGUAUAUAAUGUAUUUUGUUUAUCUGUUAUGAUAUACAGGGCUAAUGUAAUAAUGCACUUUGGAUGUUAGCUUUUGUUUGAUACUGUAAUUGCAUAUGUGUGUGUGCGUGUUUGUGUGUUUGUUUGUGUGUGUGUGUGUGUGUGUGUGUGUGUGUGUGUGUGUGUGUGUGUGAGAGAGAAAGUUCUGAGUCUGUGUUUGUGCAGGUUGGCCAGUUAUCACAGUAUCCUUCAGUUGACAGUACCUUUAAUAUAUCCUAAAGUUGCUGUCUGACGUUAAACUACAUUAUGUUGGUUAUUAAAGCACACUGCUCUUUGACUCUCUGUCUCUGUGUGAGGCAGACAAGACGUUUCAUUUGUUUCCAGAGGAAGUAUGUUUCCCAUAAACCUGUCAUCUCAUUUACACUAACGUUUUAUUACCAGACAAUGUACAGUAGGUAUACUGAACUAUAAUAAUACAUUGCCUCCACUUGUUCUGUUAUGGCUGUCUGUCUCUGAGUGUUCAUGUAGGAUCUGUCCUACCCCUAAGGAUUCAGAAUGAUCUUGUUUUGAUCUUACAGUUGUGUUUCGGGAAGCUAUCAUGAUUCAGAUCUGACUGUUACAUUAUCACUUUCAAUAUCUGCUGUAUGUAUAGACUGUAUAAAACAAAGCAGACAUAGCUACCAUGAUGUCACCCUUUGGUUUGUUUACCAUUUUGAAGUCUCAAGUUUGCAAUUUGUUUUUUUGGGAGCAAGUAGCCCAGCAGGGCCAGGUACCACAAAGCAAACGCAAAAAUUACCAGCUAACGCUUGUACUAGCUAGCUAAUUUUCCUAGCAAAGUAAAUCCAUAAUUACAGCUACUGUGAUAUCAAUUGGGAAUUUUAAUUUUGGCUAGCAAAAAAAAAACAGGCUUAAAACAAAAUAGUAUAGUUGCCUAAGUCAUAUUUGAAUGUUUUCCGAAAACAAGAAAAAACUAAAUUUUUAACAAGCCUGCAAUUAUUUUUGCUAUAGGGCUAAGAAAAUGUAUUUACCAUAAACAGUGAACAGCGGGCUCCUUAUACUGUCUUAGUAGGUAACGUUAUGUGAAACUCUGAAAGGGUCAAAGGUCUUAGAUGAAUAGCAAGUUCAAGGCUAAUUAAAUGUGCAAUGUGGCUUUUUGGCAUUGCUAAGCCCCACGACAAUGACCCUGGUAGCAUCCUGUUUGAUUUACAAAAUAAUGCUGACUUGAAACUAGCAUUUAAAAACUUGUAAAAUGGUAAUGAGGAUAAGGUAAUAAAUCAAGACAGAAGAAGGUUAUUUUUUUCUUCUACACAAUUGGACUUAUUUUUGCAACUAGUUGAGUUGCCCCCUGCUGGCCUUUAAAAAGAAUGCAGUUUUAAGGCACUUAAGCAUUGGCUUCACUUUUUUAGAUCUUCAAGCUCUGUUCAGAUCCUUCAUACAGUUUAUGACUGUUGAUUAAAAUAAAAUUCCCACCUUGAUUAGUUUUAGGAUGGCUGUGAUGUGGGCAGUAUCUUCCAAGACCUUUACAUAAUUAAUGUGUGUGCAGCUUUGCUCAGUAGCUUUUAGCUAGACCAGCAUAAUAUUCAUUUCAACGUGAUAUCCAUUAUUCAAAAGAUACUGGUAUACAGGUAAAGUACUUUUUCAGAAACAGUGGAUGGAAGCAGUUAUCAAUACAUUUAAGAAAAUAUAGUCACAUUGUUUAUGAAAUUUUGCAGUCAUCUCAAUGACACAGUGCACGGUAGUAAAACAUACAGUCAUUAUUAGGAAGAUCACUGUUGCAGCAAUCAAGCAACUGAAGCAACUGAGAGUAUGUCUAUGAAAAGCACACAUGUACAAUUGUGUUUAAUAUUUGACUGAGAUCAAGAGCAAUACCAUAUCAUAAAUAUAUGUACAUAAUAUGUACAUAAUCCGUAAUCGUGAUGGCAUGCUUUUCAUGUUAGUUAUUGUUGCUGUAACUCUGAUUGUGUGAAUACAAGGCGUCAUCAUGGUGGUAAUUAUGAGAAAUAAUGGAACUACAAUCACAUAAUAUGUUUUGGGCUGAUGUUACAGUUUGUAAUGUAAUUUAUAGCUAUUACUUCUGUAACUCUCCUUUUAUGGGAAUGCAAGAAUGACUCAAGACAAAGUCACAUUAACAGUGCUGUCUGCUUUUGUCUACUUCUUUAUGUGACAUGAACCUAAGAACAUUUCUAUAUCUGCCUUUGUUAAAUUAAACACAUUCCAUGUACUCUUAGUCAAUAUCAUUAACAGGUUUGGUGGAAUACAACAGCAGGAAGGAGCAUUUAAAGGCAUUUUUACCAGAAUGGAAAAAAUGUAUUACACAUUUCAGUGACAGCUACAUAAUGCAGUCAAUCUUUGACCAUCUUAGGGUGUGUUUGUGUCACGACUUACCAUCCAAUUGUCAUCAAUUUAAAGACAUUUUGUCAAGUUUCCUUCACAUUUCGUUGUGCUCUUCAUUUUUGUAUUCUUCAGAUAUUAUGUCAUAUCUGGAUGUUAUGUUGCAUUUUCAUUUUGCAUUAAAGUACAGCGUGUGACUCACAUUCAAAACACUAUUCAAAUAAAAAGUUAAACAUU